GUGGCACAUGGCCAGGGCGCGCCCAAAGCCGCCGUCCACACGCACCCGUCCGCGCUAGGGUUUCUACCGCCCGCCGCCACCAGGGUUUUCUUCCCCCCUCGCCUUCUUCCUCCUCCUCCCCACGCAAUCCACGGAGGAACCGAGAGCGCGUAGGAGCGCAGCCAUGGCGUGAGCGUGUCCAAGGUUCUUCCCCGUCGCCGGCUCCGCGUCCAGGAGCUCCGCCGUCCACGUCUUCCUCGCCUACGUCCAGGACGCCUCUCCCGAACGACUACAGCCACCACUCCUUCCUCUUCGGCCGCCGCCGCGUCGUUGUCAAAGUCCUCCGCCUCCGUCCGCUACUCGACCGGCGGAUCACACCUCCGUGGUCCUGGUUGGACAAUGUGCUUUUCGAGGUUGAUACUGGAGAAGUGGAGAUGCAACCGAUGAUGACAAGCCCUUGGAGGAUGAACCUCAGAAUGAGUGCACAUGUGAUGAUGAUUUCAAGCACCUGUCACAGAAUGCAGAAGAUCAUGUGCCAGCCUCUGACGAACUUGAUGAAGAUAAUCUGAUGGGGCAGUUAUUUGCCGAGAAUCCCCUGGAGCUGGCUCAGUAUGCAGAGAAUCACGUGCCAAUGUAUGAUGACCAUGAUGAAGAUGUUCUGACGGGACAGUUAUUCGCUGAGAAUCCCCAGGAGCUGGCUCAGUAUGCAGAGAAUCAUGUGCCAAUGUAUGAUGACCAUGAUUAUGGUCCUGAUCGGCUGCAGAGAAUUCAGUGUACUUUGGCUAACUCACAGCGAUAUGAAGCACAUGGUCUCGACAUGCUGGCACACGCCGCACUGUUGUUGACCCAGCUUCAGACUGCUGAAAGGUCUUACCAUGUCCGUGUCUCCGAGGCUCACCUCGAGGGGAUCACUCGGUGGGCCGAACAGAUGGGUGCGUAUGCAGAAGUUCUGGAUGAUUACUGUGACGAGGUGCACGAGUUUGCGUUAUACCUGAUUCGCUUUGAUUUGGAAGAUCCAGUGUUUGCAAGGCACCAGGAGUUGGAAACAGUGGCUGACCGGUUAAUAAGAGAGCAAAGAAACUUGAGAGCGCGGGUCAGGCGUGCACGGGAAAGAAUGCAGGUGUGGCAGGAAUGGUUUGAUGAGAGGGUGAGGCUUCUGCAUCUGAGAUAAUGUAGCGCGGGUCAAGCAUGCAGGGGAAAGAAUGCAAGUCAACAGUGCCCAAGAUGUCAAAGCGCCGUCUGCCGAGGAUCAAGUGAAUGCGCAUGGGAACGCUGGGGAGUCUAACGCUGUGGAGAAGCAGGAUCUUCAGGACUAGGAAUAGGGCAUAGGGGGUGCCUUGGGCUGUGUCAUUGGGAUCUCUCCUGACUCUAUCAUCAGGUUGAGCAAGAUAUAUGUAUAAUAGAAUACGAACUUCCUCGACUCUAGCAUGCGGGUUCUUAUGUUCCUCUUUAUUAUGUAUUGGCUUGGUUUUGUUUGGUUGGUUGGCUGAAACCAACACCAACACCAUGCAUUUUCUGUGCCAAGAGUUACAGUUUUGUGUGGCAAGCAGGUUCGUGUGGAUAGGC